AUGAAGGCAAUCGGUCACCUGCUCGCGCCAAUUAGACCGCUUGCGAGUCGCUCGGCAUUUGUGAGAGAUCUGUAUCUCGAGGUAGUCCACCGAAUGAUAAAAUGCGACUGCAUGCUGCUACGCAGUCAGGAUCACAAUCGCGUCGGGAAAGAUGUAGCCGAACAUGACUUUCGCGACUUCCAAAAGGCUAGGUUAGAGCGUUUAGACCACCUUGCCAGAACAUCCAGCUAUCACGUCACGCAUCCAGCUCCAGACGAGGUCUUAUUUGAUGACUCAACUGGAAGAGAAACGCCGGAGAUGCCAUCGGCCCCUUCACCACGGCUUGACGCCUUAGACAUCCGCAACAAUUCGGCAGUGCAGGUGCCUCCUACCGGACUCCAUAGCGAUCCUAAUCUGAGCACAGGCGUCAAUGUGGAAAUUAGCGCUGCAUUAUGA